AUGGAUCCAAGUCCAUCCUUCUCAACAGAUGUUAGCGUCUUCCACACCAACGAACCAGAGUUGCCACUCCACAAGCCGUCUGGGAAGAGCCAGAAACGUCGACCAAGCUCCUCAUGCCCAGAGGAAGGUCCAACAGGUGUGAAGAGGCCAAAGCUAUCACACACCGGCUGCACAGAACCUGCCGAAAGGGCUGUUCCAUCGUCAAGGGCAAGCACAACAGUCCACACUGGACGCGUCACACAUGAUUCCACGAAAGACCCUCUACUCGAUAGUGAGCACGUGGAUAUCCCUCGUCAAAGGAGGUCCGGAAAUGAUACUGUCGAUUACGUGACAGAAGAUACUUCCCUGAUGGCCGAAGAAGAGGUGGAUCAUCAACAUAUGCUUCCCCAGAAUACGGGCUCAGCAGCGGGCACCGAGGAUCUCAACCAAGAUUGGGAUCUUGCCCAGAUUGGAACCUUUGUGGACGAGGAGGCGAUCACCGAAGCUCUUCUCACAGCUCCAGAGGAAGUCCUGGAUGAUGUGGCAUCCAGGUUGGAGGGGAUAUUGAGGGCUGCUGAUGCGGUUCUCUCAGAUCUUAGACCAGCCCUCGACACCGGCGGACGUGGUGAUAUAUGA